AUGAUCGAUACCAAAAAUAAUGUAUCAAUAUUUGAAAAUCACACAGAUGAUUUUUUUGAAUAUGCGGCAAGGCAAACUCAGAUUACUGAAAAAGAUCCGCUUUGUGAAGUAAAGCAGUAUUUGGCAAUGGCUAGAGACUUUCUCGCUAUACCUGCAACAAGCGUUAUAUCUGAACAGAUGUUUAGUUGCACAGGUCGUAUUAUUGAUGAUAGCUGUACUUCGUUGGAUACAAAUACGAUAGCUGCAUUAAUAUGUCAAAAAAUUG